GCAAGCGAUUGAACACCAGAAAAAGAACAAGGCUAUAUAAACAUUAGAUAGUCUCUUUUUAUGUCUUUGUCACGAAUACUUGCACAAUCUUCCAGAACAGUUUUCCCACCAGUUUCACAGCUAUUUACAGUAUUCACAAGAAACAUGUCUAAAUCCGAAGAAGAAUGGAGAGCAGUCUUAACUCCAGAACAAUUCAGAGUGUUAAGACAACGUGGAACUGAAGCCCCAAACGUAGGGGAAUACACCAACACACCAGCUACCGACAAAGGCUUUUAUGACUGUGCUGGUUGUGGGAACCCCUUAUACAAAUCCCUGACUAAAUUUAUUGCUCAUUGCGGCUGGCCAGCAUUUUAUGAAGCUAUUCCUGGAAGUAUCAAGGUUUAUCGUGAUGAUUCAUAUGGUAUGGUCCGCGAAGAAAUGAGAUGUGCUAAAUGUGAUGGACAUUUAGGUCAUAUUUUUAAAGGGGAAGGCUACAAAACACCUACAGAUGAAAGACAUUGUGUCAAUAGUAUUUCAAUUAAAUUCAAUCCAAAGGAUGAAAACUAAAGUACAUAUGGAAUAAAUACUUUUCUCUUUAAUUUUUUGUAAUCAUCACCAAAAGUUUGUAAAUACCUCUUGUGUUUCUUAACGGCCCAUAACCACAUUUGCCCAGAGCUAACAAACAAGAAAACCCAAGCUGACCAAUUUCCUACUAAUAAAGCAUAAGCUAACCAGGCUAAAGAUUCAAAGAAAUAGUUUGGACAAGCAACCAAGUCAAAACCAUAUCCAAAUGGAAUAACAUAUCUCUUAGUAUCACCCUUUCUUAAAUUAGCCAAGAUUCCAUGAGUAAUAAAGUUGGAAAUUUCAGCAAAAGCCCAAAGUCCAACAAGGGCAUAGCUCACUAAUGAUGAGUGUUCAUUGACAUGAAAAAUAAAACUUAAAGGACCUGAUCUUCCAACGUUUGGUCUGUAAAUGAAGAAUGCAAGAUUGAAACCAGAUAAAAUCCAGUAAUGUCCAGAAUUCUUAAAGAUAUUGAAAGCAGGCAUAGUGGCAUUGGAGAACUUGUGAACAAAAACAGUUUCAUAUUCACGCUUCAAGAAAUGGGCCAAUACUAAAACAAACGCCAAUUGUUGAGUUUGAGAAUGCUCAAAUGCUUCAACACCAUAUGACUUGCUGACAUAGUAAAAGAAAAAAUGGAAAAUAAAUGGUCCGAAAUAUUCAAUCAAGAAAACAGUUCUCCAGGAAAUUUGUGGUCCUAAAUCUUUAACAAAGAGUUCAACCUUGUCUGAAGUGAUUCCAUUAGCAAUAAAGGACUUAUUAGCAUCCAAUGGUUUUUGCUUAUUAGUUUCUUUAUCCAAAAUAGUUAAUCUGAGUCUAUAUUGGGAAAUGGAAUUCUUGGAAGAUAUUUCAUUAACAAGUUCUUGAACUUUUCCAUCUAAAGAUAAGUCAGUUUUAAGUGACUUAAUAGACUUUGAACGUGAUUUAACUUCAAUUGCAGUCAUAAUGUUGUCCACUUGUUGUUGUUGCUGUCAAUUGGCAAACUUUUAAAAAACUACCGCGAAAUUUUCCCUCUCUUUUGAGUGCUCCGCGGUUGGAAGAAAGGUUUAGGGAGCGGUCGGGAGAAGGAGGGAGGGAUUACCACCGCUACCACAUGAUGUAUAAUUGUCAACAAUAUAUCAAUACUUUUCAAUUAACAAAUUACCAAGUCACAAGCAUGCCUAUUGCUAUAGGUGUACAUUGAUACCUAGUGAUUUAAUCGUGUUUACUGUUCUCGUUAUCACUUCUAGAAACUUCCACGGAGAAAG